AUGUAUAUUAUAUCUGGCGGAUCUAAAUAUCACACGCCCAUUCCUGGAGCCAUCCUGGGACCCAUUGCGGACCUCGGCUGCCCAUCCCGGGACCCGAGGCGGGUCUCACCCACCCAUCCCAGGACUCUUGGCGGACCUUGCCCGCCUGUCCCGGGACCCGUGGCGAGUCUCACCUGCCCAUCACAGGACCCGUGGCGGGCUUCACCCGCUCGUCCCGGGACCCCUAGCGGGGCUUGCUCACCUGUCCAUGGACCCCCAUGGUGGUCCUCACCCACCCGUCACGGGACCAGUGGUGGGCCUUACCCGCCUGUCUUGGGACUAGUAGCGGACCUUGCACGGCCAUCCCUGUGCCCGUCGCGGGACACAUGCUGGGCCUCGCCCACCCAUCCUGGAACACGUGGCGGGCCUCACCCACCUGUCCCAGGGCCUGUGGUGGACCUCGCCCGCUCGUCCUGGGACACGUGGUGGGCCCUGCUUGCCCGUCCCGGAAUGCAUGGCAGACCUCGCCACCCAUCCUGGGACCCAUGGCGGGCCCUGCCCACCCGUCCCAGGACACGUGGUGGACCUCACCCGCCCGUCCGGGGACCCGUGAUAAGCCCCUCCCUAGACACGUUGCGGAUCCCACCCGCCCAUCCUGGGACCCGUGGCAGGCCCUACCUACCCCUCCUGGGACACGUGGUGGACCUCGCCCGCCUGUUCCGGGACACGUGGUGGACCUCGCCCGCCUGUCCCAGGACCCGUGUCAGGCCCCGCCCACCCAUCCCGGGACACGUGGCAGACCUCGCCCUCCCGUCCCGGGACCCGCGCCGCGCCCUGCCCGCCCAUCCCGGGACACGUGGCAGACCUCGCCCGCCUGUCCCAGGACGCGUGGCGUGCCUCGCCCGCCUGUCCCAGGACGCGUGGCGUGCCUCGCCCACCUGUCGCAUAACAAUUUCUCCUUCGCUCAUCAGAGCUGUCGAACCUUAUCUUCUGGCCGGUCGUUCCGUUUGCCCUGGACACCGGCCUUCCUCUCCAGCGACUCCAGGCGACGAUUACGUUCCUUUAGAAGGCAUGUCAGCUCGUUUCUCUUGA